AUGUCUGUUCAUUUCAAAUUCAAGAGUGCCAAAGACUAUGAUACUGCCACCUUUGAUGGAACACACAUCUCGGUGUGCGACCUCAAGAAGAUCUUGGUAACAAAGAGAAACAUGGGUAAAUCCACUGACUUUGAUCUACUUAUUUCAAAUGCUCAAUCAGGUGAAGAUUAUAAAGAUGAUUCCUUUUUGAUUCCAAAGAAUACGUCGUUGAUUAUUAAGAGAGUGCCAGUUACACAACCUUCAAAGUCAUUGACCGCUACGUUGUCGGCCAAUGCUGGAAUCUCCAGUACCAAGACAACCAUUGCAAAUCCAACACCAGAUCCGUUGUUGAUCAAAGACAGUACUGGCAGUGUCGACGAAUCACAAGACGAUGAGAGCGCUAAGAUCAAUGCUCUCAUCCAAACACAAGCUGGCUUAGGAGCUGACAGACCAUAUACAAGAGAACAUCGUACACAUAAUUUCCCAACAGACAGAGUGGUAGCACCACCACCUUAUUAUAUAUGUCAUCGUUGUAACCAGCCAGGUCACUAUAUCAACCAGUGUCCGACCAAUGGCGAUCCCAACUUUAACCAUCCAAAGUCCAAGAAGGCAUCAGGUAUACCAAAGAUCUUUCUUAGACCAGUUCAGAAUCCAGGUACUGCCGGUUCAUCAACUGUUUUAAUGCCAGGCGGUGGUGUUGCCGUUGUUUUAACUCAUGAGUAUUUUAUUAAUUCAAUAAUCAACAACAACAACAACAACAGAUCAGAAUUUAAUAAAAUGGCUAAAUCUAUCAUACAGUUGGAAGAGAAAAAGACUAAUGAAGCAUUGGGUGGAACUACACCAAAGAAUGAAGACAAUAUUACGUCAAUGUCCGAUAUAAAGUCUGAGAAUAACAGUGCCAAGAAUUCACCAAUUCACACAGGAAGUGCAUCUGCACUGGGCGAACUCAAUGGUAGUUCAACGUCUGCAGUCGUUGAACAUCAACUACAACAACCACAACAAUGUCCUAUCUGUCAAAGACAAUGUAAUACAUCGUCCUAUUUUGUUUCAACAUGUUGUAAAAAGUCAUUUUGUUUUAAAUGUAUUAAAGAUUAUUUGAAUAAGGAAAGAAUGUUGGGUAAUAAAGACAAAGAUAUAUUGUGUCCUAGUUGCCAAAAGGAAAUGGGUGUAGAGAUGUCAAAGUUGAGUGAAUACGAGAGAAAUGACUCAAAGAAGAGAUCCCUUGAAAGAGACGAUCAUCAAAAGACAACGGAUGCCUCCGAUCCAAACAAGCGUGCUAAACCAACUGCCGACGAUUCAAAAUCAUAUGAAAACGGUCAUAGAAGAAGCAACGAUAGAGAUCACAGAGACAGAGAUCAGAGACAGUCAUCAUCAUCAUCUUACCACUCCACCAAUAGAUAUCCUUCUGAGAGAGACCAUAAAGACAGAGAUUCGGAAAGAGAUAGAGAACGCGAAAGAGAACGCGAAAGAGAAAGGGAACGCGAAAGAGAAAAAGACAGGGAUAGAGAAAGAGAGCGCGAAAGAGAAAAAGAAAGAGCACGCGAGAGAGAUAGAGAAAGAGAAAAAGACAAAGACAAAGAUAGAGAAAGGGAAAGGGAAAGAGAAAGAGAAAGAGAAAGAGAAAGAGAAAAAGAAAAAGAAAGAGAAAGAGAAAGAGAUAGAGAUAGAGAUAGAGACAGAGAUAGAGAUAGAAAUUAUAAACGUGAUGAUAGAAGAGAUGACAGACGAGAUGAUAGAAGAGAUAGAAGAGAUGACAGAAGGGACGAUAGAGAUUAUAGAGAUGACAAAAGUAGAAGUAGUUACAGUGAUAGAGAUAGAGACAGAGACAGAGAAAAAGAUAGAGAUAGAGAAAGAGAAAGAGACAGUGGAAGAUCAUAUCGAUCUUCGUCGUCAUCUUCAUCGUCUUCAUCACAUCACGAUGACAAAUAUCGUAGAUAA